AUGCCACCGUCAAAGGUCCUUCUUGCCGAUGGAACGGAGGGUUUUCUGAGUAAAGGGGAGUCGUACUGUAGCGUGACUUGCUUUAGGGGCACUGUUUGGGCACUUCGAUCCUGCGGAACGUACUUUGACGCGCUUGAUUCCCGUGAUGGCGAAUUGCUGGACUCGGUGAGUUUACCCGAGGGGUGUGAAACGAUCCGACUCGCCGCGAAUAAAUUAUGGCUUCUCACAAGAACUGGUAACAUUAUCCUCUACGAAUUAAGUGGUGUGUUGAUCGGAGUACUUAAUGCGGACGUGGGGCGGAUAGAUAGUUUACAUACCUUUGAGAAUGACCCUUCUUUUUUUGCGACAAGUCAAAAAGGGGCAUUCCAAACAUGGGAUUUGGAACGGAUGGCGGUGCAGCGCGUGUUUCCGUGUGAGGGUGCCGAUGUUCUUGCGGUUUUUCCCACCCGCUUUGGAACUUCAUUGUUAACUGUUCAGGAGGAUCGAAUCGCACUUUGGGGAGAGGAGAUCUCUCAUCCCAUGUGCGUGCAUUUUUUAGAGUCUGCGAAUUCGGCUGUGUUGGUGUGCUCACAGCACAACGCGGCAUAUGCCGACACCUGCUGGGUGGGAGGAAAUCAAUGGAUUACUGUAUUUCAUGUAGAGGAGAAAUUUACCCAGAUGUUAUCUCUCAAAAAGGAGCGAUUGAUUCCGUGUGCAAAGGUGCAACAGCUUGUGUCAAUUUCUUUAACGCGUGUGGCGUCUUUUGAUGCGGAAUUUUUAGUAACUAUCUGGGAUUCCUGCAAUUGUGUGCCCGUGAGGCUUUUCAAGGUUGACUCUGCGAUGGGAAUAGGGCGUGGUACCAGUUCCCCUGUUCUUUUUUUGACCGGCGUCGCCCGUGUUGCCACCAUUUGGGUGCUUGGCGGAAACAUUCUUCUCUCAUGGGCAGAUCAGGAAUUUGACGAUGACAGAAUGCAGGCAGCUGCCUCUGAAAUGGCAGCGUGCACUGUGAUUAGGAGCGAGAACGCACAAAUUUGCAAAAAGUACGCCUGUCUGCUAGAAAUGAUGGAUACAUAUCGUAAAACGGUGGUGGAUAUUGUAUCGAGCCCGAAUAGGGAUCGAGCGAGCAUGGCUGCAACGAUUUCUGCGCUUGACAAAUGCUUUGGUGAACAAAUGACUGCCCUUCGGUCGGAGGAUGACAGACCACGCGAUAUGGUGGGGGGAAACACUCUGAGAAAACAGGUGGAAUAUUGGCGGGAGAAGUACAUGGUUGAGAAGGAGCGAAACCGACUGCUGUUGUCUGAUCUUCGCCUGGCUGUUGAUCGCCUAAAAGAAGUUGGGCCCGACUCGAGGGUUGAUUCGCAGUUGUUAGACUUGUUGGCUUUAAAUGCCACUUCCCAGGCGAGGGAGUCGCAGCUUCGUAGCCGCGUGCUUCAUUUGGAGGCACAGCUGCACAAGUUGGACACAACUGACAGUCACAAUAACGAUUUUCCGACGCACGAUUCUCAGAGCAACAGUGAUCCUUAUCGUACUCGCGUUAUUGAACUUGAAAAAGAGUUGCAUUGUGCAUUGGAGGCGAGCGAGGAGGCAGUGACGGCACAACGGGGAAUUGCGAACAUCACCGAUGCGCUGGGGGAAAUGGAGAGGACUCUUCACGUGGAGCGGGGCAAGUUUGCCACCCUCACGAAAGAAAAGUCUCUCUUGGAACGAGAGACCGAAAAAAUGUUUGAGGCACUCAGCUACCUCCAGGAGGAGCUCAAAAAGGCAAUUUGGGAAAAAGACGAAUGUACCGAGUUAUUGAAAAGGCACCAGCUUGAAGCCGAAGAAAAUGAAAGAAGGGCAUCUUUGUUGCUGGCAGAAACGAAGGAGGAGCUGCAUCUAUUGCGGCAGGGGAUGGAGAAAUUGGAAGAGAAUAGGCAUCUGGCUUCAACGCUUUCCAUUCGGGAUACAGAGAUUAUUGGGCUGAAGAGGCAAUUGGAGUUUGUUAAGAGUAUGAUUUCAAUACGACAUGAAGAGGGUAUUGCAGCCAGCAGUGCAUACGAUGCAAUGAUGGACAUUAUACAGACAAUGAAGCAUGAGUCACCAAUAACGUUUUUGUUGAACGUGCUGGAGGAUAUUGAUAUCCGUUUAGGGCACCUGAGCUCUUCGACAAGAAAAUGGAUGGAGAGGGAUGAUCAGGUUGCUGCAAGAGAUGAUGAAAUUCGUGUCUUAAAGAAUCGCGUACAGUCAUUGGAGAGCAGUAUUCUGCGUGUUUCUUCUUUAUUUCAGCAUAUUCCCUACACCAUUGAGGAUGUAGAAUCACUCCUGCUGGAGGUUAACGAGUACCGCCAAAGGUAUGGUAGAAAUGAAGAAAUUGAGGAGUUGGUGGCUUUACGCCUGCUGGAAUUGGCAGCGGGUUGCGACGGUGAGCAAGUCGCAGAAAACGCCGCCUGA